CGACGUACACACAUUAAGCCGAGAGCCGGCCAAGGGUGGGCUGUUCGUGCGCCUCUUGCUGCCGCUAGCCCGCCCGCCCGCCCUUGCAGACGGGCUCUUGCGCUCUUCCGCGGAGCAGAGUCGCAGCCAUGAAUCUGGGAGAUGGUUUAAAGCUUGAAACAGAAAUACUGGAUGGAAAACCUAGACUGAUAGUGGCUCCUUGUGUAAGUCAGUCGAAACCAGGCAUAAGGAUAUGUAAUAAAAACAAGAUUUUAAAAUACACGACGAGAUCAAAACCAAAUGGGCAUAUUCUGAAAUCAGUGCAAACAUCCUGUGAGAAGAAUGAAUGUUUAACAAAACAGAAAACCAGAUCAAGAUUUUCAGUGACCAAAGGUAGUAAACAUCCUGAAACUGUGAUGUUUACCAAGGAUUUAUCGAAGGGACCUUGUAAUAAAGAUGAUGCUUUUAUAAUCCAAAAAGACAAUACAACUUCAAAGCCAGAUAAUGUCAGAAAUUCAAUUAAGAAACCUUUGGCAUGCAACAAGAAAUUUAAAAAGCAUUCUCUUUCUGUUGAGGAUCGAAGGGACAAUUUGGUAUGUUUAACACAAGAGCAGCUGGAACAGAUUUUAAUGGCAGUAAAAGAAGGAACCCAAGGAGCCACUCAGGUUCUGGCAGAAAAGAAAGGAGAUGCAAACACAAAAAUUCUGGAUAAUCCGACUUCAGAAGAACAUGUAAUGGGAUUGCUUCAGAAAGUUGGUGAUGCUCCAUCUCUUUCAAGUGAAAGUAGUUUCUGUUUAAAAAAAAACCAAGGAUUAUCUAGACAUGCUGAACAGAAAAUAAUAACGAAUUCUUGGAAGCCAGCUGACAUAUUUAGUACUCUGGGAGAACGAGAGUCAGAUAAAAUCUUGUUAGAUGCUAAGAAAUCUCAGUGGAAGAAAGAACUAGAUGAACAGGUAGCUUUAAAGAAGAAACUAAAAGAAACUUUGGAAGCAGAGUCCAGAUACCACCAGCGGCAGGCAAUUGAUACAGUGAAGAGAUGCUUAGAAAAAGGACAAAAGAUGAUGUCAUCAGACAACUUGACUCCUGCAGCAGAAGAUCUCAAUAGUCACAGAAUUUCAACCACUGAGCCUAGUGAAACUUCUCCCAGUGUGUCCAGUGGUCGAACUGAGCAGUUCUCUAGUUUCAGUUCUCCUGAUUUGCCAGCUGCUAUCCGAACAGCUUUUGUGUUAGGGGAAGCAACACCAAUAGAGCAUCCUUUUAGUGCUGUGAAACGUGAGCAACAGAAAAAAUGGCUUGAAGAGCUUGAUAAGCAAAAGGAAGCUGACAAGCUGCGAAAGAUGGAAGAAAAAUGUAAUUUUUUGAAGGGUGAAGAGCAUGACAAAUGGACAAUGCAUUUUGAUUCUUUCAAGAAUCAUAUGAAUUCGUUUAUACAAUAUCCUUUAAAUACAACAUAUCAAAAGACUCCUGAGGCUGUACAGCUCUCCCAUGACCAUACAGCUUGUUCAUCUUCGUCUUGCCUCACACCUACAGAGAUAGAGAUUCCAGGAAAAGCAGUUGGAAACUAUAUUUCAGAGCCAAAUCAAAAAGCCAGUUUCCUUCGUUCAAUGACUGCUCUUCUGGAUCCUGCUCAGAUUGAGGAACGAGGAAGACGACGACAAAAACAAUUAGAACAUCAGAAAGCUAUAAUGGCUCAAGUGGAAGAAAAGCGAAAAAAGAAACAGGUAGAAGAGGAACAAAGAAGAAUGGAAGAACAAGAAGAAGAGCACCGGCUUGCCAGAGAACAGGAAUUGAUGAAGAAACAGUUUGAAGAAGACCUGCUAAAGCAAAAACUAAAAGAGGAAAUCAUGACCCUUAAAACAAAUGAGUUGUAUCAAACAAUGCAGAAAGCUCAAGAAUUAGCUCAAAGAUUAAAGCAAGAGCAGCGGAUUAAAAGUUUGGCUCAGAAAGGACAUGACACUUCAAAACUGCAAAAGAACCUUGGUGAUACAACUAAGGAGAAUAAUUACACUGACUUGAAUGGGGUUUUGGAGACUCCUAAUUAUCAGAAGCACUGUUUUUCAGAGACUAACAAUGAAACAAAUGAGAGAAAGAAAAGUAAUUUAUCUCCUCAGAAAGACACAGCUGUGCAGACAGAGUUUGCAAUCACUGAUUUUCCCACUGAUUCUGAAAUUUCCCCUACACCAGCUGGGGAAGGAAGAAUGGACUGUGCAUCUCCAGAUGUUGCUGUAGAAUAUAUAAUGGACUUCAGCAAUAAAAGAAGCAAGAAAGAAGAACAAUAUCUAGAUAAAAAGAUUUCAGAAAAAGAGAAUAUUAUCAGCUGUUGCAGUCGCUAUGAACAGUGUCCCCCAAAGCAGAAACAUCCGAAGGCAGGGGGAAAAAAUGGGGAAAAGAUGGACUGGAACAUAAACAAACCUUGCAAAAGGUAUAUUCCGGCCUCUGAGAAGUAUCCCAGACUCCAGCAAAAGCAGAGGGAAGAAAAGAAAGCACAGCGACAAAUGGCAUUGCUUCAGUUGGUUGAAAGAAACACCCCUGGUAAUCUUUGCAAGAAAAAUGGGGUUUCCCCAGAUAGAGCCCUCUCACCUCGCCAGGAAGAUGAGGUCAAAAGUAAAGAAGAACAAUUCUCAAAAAAAUUGUUUGAACAAAGAUCUGACUCUCCACCUGUUCCAGCAGUUAAAAACAGAUUACAGCAACAACUAAAGACUUCUGAUUUCCCAGUUCAUAACAGCAAAAAUGGAAGCCCAAAAAGUAUUUCUACAGAUCAGCAUCGGUGUGAAAGGCCUCUUCCAACUGCUGAAGCUGAAAGGCCUCCUUCAUCUCAUUUUGUUCCUUACGUGCGAACAAAUGAAAUAUAUUACCUUGAUCCAGAUGCACCUUUGACUAGGCCCUCCACGCAUGAGCCACAAUACCAAGAGCUGAAUGAUACUUACCAUAAACCACGACAGGUUUUUAGCUCUGAUCACAUAAGGGAUCCUCUUUUUAAUCCUAAUACGGUGAGAGACAGGCAGCAAGCCAUACUCAAAGGACUUUCAGAGCUGCGAGAGGGGCUCCUCCAGAAGCAGAAAGAACUGGAGACAUGCCUUAUUCCAAGUCUUACGUCUCAAGAAGAAAACUUUAUUUUACCACUUUAAGUAUUUCAGCUAUGAUGAAUGGAUGUUUUGCUGUGUUGGCACUUUAUACUGUAAUUAUGAACCAAGUUUGUAGAAUAUGGACUUUUGUAUAUUUGGGAUAAAGUUUCAGUAAUUAAAAAUUUUAUUUCACAUGAAAUUAUAUGAUAAUGUGACUUGUUUACACAGUAUUUGUGUACCUAAUUUAAAUUUUAUGUAUUUAGCAUGAGAAAUAAAAUACUUGAAUUUUCAAUAUCCAAUGGCUACCUGAGUUGCAUUUUAAUUGACAGUGUAAGCAGUGAUUCAGAUACAUCAACCCAUGUUUAAUAGCUGUUCCUAUAAAAAAUCUUAAAGAAUUUUAAACAUACAGCAAUUUUGUGCUUAUAUGGAGUUAAUAAGCAAGGGCAUAAAGAACUCCCAGGCUGUGACCUGUAUGAACAGAACCAUAAUGAAUGCCAAGUAAUUAUUUUACAAUAAAAUGUUAAGACGCUUUAUAAACAUUGCAUUGUACAUGUGUCAUGCUUUACAUAUAUUUAAAAUGAAUUGUGAAGCAUAUAAUUCUACAGGCAAAAAUCACAACUCAAUUUUAACUAAAAUGGUUUCAACUAAAAUAUCAGAAUUUAGAAAACAUGCCAAAUAAUGCAAACUAUUAGAACAUGCUGUUGAGUUUUUGCACAAUUUAGAAGAUAAUCCUAUUUUCCAUUGUAAUACUAGCUUUUUCAUUUCAUUAUUUUUCAGGAGACUUUUAGCAAUUUCUAAAUGCAAAUUAAUAUAGUUACAGUUACAUCUGAUGACUUGCAAAAUAAGCCUCACUGUAACAUGGUUUCUCUCCCACCUGGCAAUAAAGUUAAUAAAUUAAGAAGAAUAUACAAUAGUGUUCACCAAUUAAUAUUUUUGCCUGAAUUAAAAACUGAUGUGUAUUUUAUCUCUAUGUCAGGACUCCAACAAAUCCACCCCCAUUCAAAUCAUGUCUCUAGCCGCAUCUCUCAGAAAAAAUAAAAUUGAUUAGAAGUGGCCAUGUUGGCGUUAGCUGGAUGCAGCCGAUACUAAAAUACAUCAUUCAUUUGCCCCUUGACCCUGGUCGUCCCCCCAUCUCCUGGAUGUAUAUUCUCCAAUGGAACACAUCCAUAGCCAAGAAUCAUCAAUUAUGCUCUCCAAUAAUAUUAUUGCGCUCCAACAACUUUGGGCUGUCAGGGCGAUUCUCUAGGCACUUAAAGAAUGCACUGUUUUCCCCUGCUCCCUUUUUCUGGCAGCUAGAAAGAGCAAAGGAGUAUCUUUUUAGUUGACAUUCUACUUUCUGCACUGAAUAUUUAUUGUAGAAGAAUAGAAUUCAUGGCAAGUUGCUUCGAUUAAUUCCUUCUCUUAAACAUUAAUCCCUAAUUAAAAUCAUGGCUUAGCAUUUAAUCUGAAUCAAACAUUAAAAUGACCCACACCAAUUACAAUUAGAGCAACUAUCAUAUCUAUGAAAAUCUAAACGCUCAAUUCUGCAAUCUUUCAAGAUACCUGUCAGAUUUCUUCUGAGGGAAGCAUCUUUUUGGAAGAAGAAACCCAACCUUACUUUCAUCUUACCAGCCUCAAACAGUCUUUCACAACCCUGGGAAGUCACUAGAGGGGCAGGACUACACCUCAUACCUUCCAUCACCCACGUACCCACCCCCAACAGCAAACUUCAAAACCAUCCCAACAUGGAACAAGGGAUUGAGUACUUAAGAUGUAAUGGAGUCCACAUAAUAGACAUUACAGAAUACAAGCAGUUCCUGGAUUGUGAAUAAAUUCCAUUCCCUAAAUCUGUCGUUAACCAAAUUUCUAUUUAAGUUAGAAUUUGUACUGCCUAUUAAUGGAGGACAGCAAUGACCUCAAGAACCACUGAAAACAGGCUGUAUA